GGGACGGCCGGCGCUGAGGGGAGCAGGUUGAUUCCGCUUUAGGAUAAUGGCAGGAAAAGUGAAGUGGGUAACUGACAUAGAAAAAUCUGUUCUAAUAAACAACUUUGAAAAAAGAGGAUGGAUUCAGGUGGCAGAAAAUGAAGACUGGAAUUUUUAUUGGAUGAGCGUCCAAACAAUCAGAAAUGUGUUCAGUGUGGAAACCGGUUACCGCCUCUCUGAUGACCAAAUUGUCAAUCAUUUCCCAAACCACUAUGAACUGACCAGAAAAGAUUUGAUGGUAAAGAAUAUCAAGAGAUACAGAAAAGAACUUGAGAAAGAAGGAAGUCCUCUUGCAGAAAAGGAUGAAAAUGGGAAAUAUAUUUAUUUGGAUUUUGUUCCUGUGACUUUUAUGCUUCCUGCCGAUUAUAAUCUCUUUGUUGAAGAGUUCAGAAAGAAUCCCUCCAGCACAUGGAUUAUGAAACCUUGUGGCAAAGCUCAAGGAAAAGGAAUAUUUCUAAUCAAUAAACUCUCCCAAAUAAAAAAAUGGUCUCGAGACAGCAAAACAUCUUCGUUUGUGUCUCAGUCUUCAAAAGAAGCCUAUGUGAUUUCCCUCUACAUCAACAAUCCCUUACUAAUUGGUGGAAAGAAAUUUGAUCUUCGUCUCUAUGUUUUGGUGUCUACCUACCGUCCACUGAGAUGUUACAUGUACAAGCUUGGAUUUUGCCGGUUUUGCACAGUGAAAUACACACCAAGUACAAGUGAACUGGAUAACAUGUUUGUACAUCUUACAAAUGUUGCCAUUCAGAAACAUGGGGAUGAUUACAACCAUGUCCAUGGAGGCAAGUGGACAGUGAGUAACUUACGCCUGUAUCUGGAGAGCACCCGUGGAAAGGAAGUCACCAACAAAUUAUUUGAUGAAAUCCACUGGAUAAUUGUGCAGUCCCUGAAGGCUGUGGCGCCUGUAAUGAAUAAUGAUAAACACUGCUUUGAGUGUUAUGGAUAUGACAUUAUCAUUGAUGACAAGCUUAAACCCUGGCUAAUUGAGGUUAAUGCUUCCCCUUCUCUUACUUCCAGCACCGCUAACGAUCGAAUCUUGAAGUAUAAUCUUAUUAAUGACACCCUUAACAUUGCUGUGCCUAAUGGGGAAAUUCCUGACUGCAAAUGGAAUAAAUCUCCACCAAAAGAGGUUCUGGGCAAUUAUGAAGUCUUGUACGAUGAAGAGAUGGCGCAGAGCGAUGGGACCGACCGCGACCUGCGGGGCCGUCCUGGGCAGCCCACGGGGGUCAAAGGAAGCCGUGCAAGGGAUUCAGGAAAGCCUGUCCUCACCACCUGGAAGUGAGGACAGAAAAAACAGCUGCACUUUUGAUAGGAAGACAUCAAGAAUAACUUGAAGUUUUGGAACAGAUUCCUAUGUUUUCCUACAUUGCAUGUAGGAAAUACUAACGGAGACAAAACAGCCAUGAAAAAGUGAAACAAACACUCAGAACCCAGGAACUGUACUAGACAUAUACUGACCUGGUAAUUAUUACAACAAUACAUAUAGAGUGUGUAUAUAUAAGCAAUUAUAUUUAUAUAAUUUGUAUAAGCUAAUUCUCAAUAAUAUCAAGAACUUUAUUUAUAAAGAUGGUAACUCAAAGUGUGUUUUCUGAAAGAAACUCCUUGCUGUUCUGGGUAGUAUUUAUUUCCUCUAGUAGCCUAUCCCUUCCUGCCUAUAAUAAAUGAGCUGUGGAUUCUAUAAAAGGGUGAAGGUGGUAAGUAUUGAUAUUUUCACAGUGAUGUUCAGAUUCUUAUAGUAAAAGAAGGGCAACUAGAAAAAAUUAGCAGUACAUGUACUUGAGGCUGUUGUCAGUUAAUGCAGCUGUUGAUUUAUAACCAGUAUUAACAAGUUGAAAAGCAAGUCUUUAUAUGCUAAAGGUUGGGGGUUUUUAUUUCCUUUAAGUAUUCUGAGCUGCUAACUCUUUAAAGAAGUUUUAUGGGAAGUCUUUAGGAAAUUUUAUGGACUGAGGGAGUGUUUCAAUGGUAUAUUGAUGGACUGUUUCACUAGCCAUUAAUUUUUAUUUUGAGAUAGUGCAUGUCUGUGACAAACAGACAGAACAACCAGAUAUUAUGAUAAAUCUCAUUGCUUAAACCUGAUGAUAAAUUUUUAUUUGCACCAGAAUCUCUCCAUGUAUCUAUGCACGUAUAUAAGUCAAAUACCUGUAUAUUUUCGUAUAUGUUAUUUAACAAAAAUAUUGUUGGACAUGGCAAGCUAUUUCUGGUAGCUAUGAUAAGAACAGUUGUGGUGAUACCGAAACUAAGAUGCAAAACUUAGCUAACAAAACUAGGGAGCAAAAGAUAAAAAUAGGUAUUUCAGUCUUCAAACAGCAAAGCAUAUAAAUAAACUAGCGGGGUCUGGGAUUGGCUGUUGUUCCUCCUUGACUUUCCACCACAUAUUGGGUGGUUAUUUGUAAAUGGUAACAUGCAUUGGUUUGUUUUAUUAUCCUUCCCUCUCCUUCCCUCCUUCUGUUUUUUGGUUUUUUUUGUUUGUUUGUUUGUUUGUUUGUUUGUUUGGUAACGUUUAACUUAACUCUCCCAAAAGUUUUUAGUUUCUUGAACACCUAAACCAAAUCACCUGCAGCUGCACCACUUCACCUGCUUUGGAAGAACCUCCUAGAAGAGGGCAGCAAACCAUGGUCUCUGGGACAGUUGAAUACAGUCUGCAAGAGCAGCUUGUGUUGGGGAGAGGGGGCAGAUGAGGGCUGGGCUGACCAAUACCCCUACACAGAAUCUGGGGUUUAUCCUGGCAGUAAAGAAUGAAAUGUGUAGGCUGAGUCAUUCCAAGCAUAAUCUUGUAUAUUCCCCUAAAAUAACUGAUUCUCUCUCCAUCAGACUUGAAUCUUCUCACUGGCCUCUACAAAAGCAUACUCCAGUUAACUCUUGAAAUAUAUAAGGCAAAGGCAAGAUGAUCACUGCAGGAUGGUAAAGCUCACCUAAAUUCCAGGUCUCAUAUGUUGGGAUUUUCUGUUUGAGUUUUUUCAUGUGGGGUAAAUUAGUGGUAGUGGUGGUGGAGGGUUGAUUUCGUUUUUCUCACUUUCUAACUGUAAGUCUUGCUUGCAUAUUUGAGCCUUGACAGGCGAGCUGCUCUUAAGUAGAGAUGUAGUCAGAUGUGUUAAUCAUCAGUAGUGUUGUUCUAAUUGCAUUAUAUUUAGUGGGCAGAUGUUUCUGGUUUUACCCCAACUGCCUGUUAGGGAUAAAGUGGGAAGCAGUCACAGCCCUAGGGCCUGUGGGCCUGUAGUAAAUAGUAUUUUGGAGUACGAUUAAUUUCUGACAGACAGGUAACAUAACAAGGGUACUGUGAUAGAAGGAAAAUGAAGCUUUCUGUCACUGCUUGUGAUUAAUUUCUGUAGUGGCUGGGACAGAGGAUGUGUUGUUGUUCUUGUAGUGCAACAGUAGCACUCCUUUCUGGGAAAGCUUAACAUGACAACGAAACCAGGUCUGGGUUUUUAGGAUGUAUUGCUGUGGAAGGCUAUGGAGACUAAAUCCAGGGGUACUUUUAGGUGUAAUUUCACAAUGACUCAAUACUGAAAAUAGCAUCUAAAUAAUCUUGGUUUUCCAAACUAGUUUGUUGGUGAUAUUUUGUGUUGGCAGUGGUGUUAUUACAGGCUGACUGUGAGUUGAAUCAGAACCUCCAGAGCAUAGGCAUUAACAACACAAAAUAGUAAUGGCAUUAUCUGUAAUAUUACUUAUGCUGAAUAUUCUUAUUUAAUUGUUUUGGGGGUUUCUGCUGGCUUGGAAAGGGUCAGCUCAUUUAAGAUUGCAUCCUCAGUAUUCAAUAUUUCAAAAGUCUGGACUGGAAAUCUUGCUGUUGCUUUCAAAGAUUUCUGUCCCACUGUAUAGCAGAUACAUUAAGUAAAAUAAAGUAUUUAUAAAGAAUUAUUUUGUAUGUAAGAUGUUCUUGUAACAAACCUAUCAGUUAUAAACCUGCAAAUCCUUCUCUCUGGCCCAGUGUAGUAUUGGGAAAGCAUAUUUCAAACCUUUGAGGAUGAAACAUCUUUGUAAAAUAUCUAGUGAAUUAUCAGUACUUCCUCAAAAUAAAAGCAUUGAAAUAUUACUAACUAGGGGGAAAAAAGGAAAAUAAAAACCUAAUGGGAAUCUUACACAGCAAAUAAUCUCAGAACUAGAAUUAAGAUUUCAAAUGUUGAUACCACAUUUUAGUUUUAUCUCCAACCAAUGUAUUGCUAGUAAUUUAUCUUGCUGACCAAGACAUGAAUUUAGUCAUGCAAUGUUCUCUUAAAAGAGCAAGAAUUCAAAGACACUACAAAUGAAGUUACCCUCUCUUCCUGAU